AUAGAAAUCUAUUUUUCAGUGUAUGACGAAUCUUCAUCCAUGUUUCGAAAAGCCAACAAGUUUUUGAGUGGUGGUGGCGAUGCGGAGCCAACAAAGGCGCAAGACGAUGAAGGCGAGUCGCUCACAACAGUGCUCGAAAACGAUGAAGAUCGUAGCGCCCUUACAAUUCUGAUUUGUGACAUCACUGAACUUAUGCGCAAGCGGCUCAUCGACACAUUUAAUCCUAAAGAAACGGGUUCUCAGCUUGGCCAAGUUGCCACACAUACGGAUGAAAAUGGCGUGCCUCUCGGCCUCGAUCAAAUGUCCGACGAUGAACAAAAGAAGGAAACGCAGGAGUCAUCCGAGAAAGAAAGUGCUGAGCUAUCUAAGUUGGAGAGGGAACUUGGCGAAGAGAAAAUGGUCGCGUUGAAGACUAGUGCUCUGAAGUUCUUUGAUGACUGGAGAGACAGCAUCAUUAUCCGCGUCGGGGAAGUCGUUAAUUCGAGAGAGACGGCCCAGAAACAGUCGAAGCAAGCGAAACCAAAAGAAACUUCGAGUUCAGAUCUCGAAUCAAAUCUAGACGAAACUGUGGCCGGUGAGAAUGAGGGUCUGAUUGCAGAAGUGCUGCUAAAAAUAUACGCCCCUAUUGAAACUCCACUGCGCAAAGUAGCCAGGGAGAAGAGGAUGUUGAUUCUUCACUCAGUUCUCUUACUUGUCCUGAGCCUAGAGCAUUACAACGCGCACUCACGAAUCCUCCUGCUAUACUUAACCACAAGUCUGGGACUCCCAGUCACAGUACUUUCCGAAGACGAACAGAAGGUCGCUCGUGGCCUCCUGACGGCAGCCGAGAAGAUGUCGGCUGAUGAGGAGGCCAAGGAACGAGCUGACCAAAAUCGCACAGCCCGUAGGUGGAAAAUGGGCAUCGCUGGAGUUGCCGGCGCAGCUCUCAUCGGCAUCACAGGCGGACUAGCAGCACCUCUCUUAGCCUCUGGCCUCGGCACCGUCUUGGGUGGAAUUGGUCUCGGGGCCACUGCUACUGCGGGAUACCUUGGAGCCCUAGCUGGAAGUGGUGUACUGGUUGGCAGUCUAUUCGGGGCCUACGGUGCUAGAAUGACAAGUAAAGCUAUGGAGCAAUAUACCAGAGACGUAGAAGAUUUCGCAUUUGUGCCCACCUAUCAACCAGAGUGUGAAAAAGAAGCACGCCGCUUACGGGUUGCUAUUGGUAUAUCAGGCUGGCUGGGUAAUAAAGAUGACGUAGUAGGGCCUUGGAAAUGCAUUGGACCGGGUCAAGAGACGUUCGCUCUCCGCUUUGAGCUUGAAUCUCUGAUGAAUUUAGGCAAUGCGCUCACUACUCUAGUCACCUCCACCGCUUGGUCGUACGCAAAGUCCGAGAUCAUCAAACGCACCUUAUUCGCUGCCCUGACGGCUGGAUUAUGGCCAUUAGCCCUGCUGAAAGCCCGUCACCUCAUCGAUAACCCUUGGUACGUCGCCAACCAGCGAGCGCAGAAGGCCGGAGAGGUGCUUGCGGAUGCUAUCAUCAAUAAAGCACAAGGCGAACGACCUGUCACGCUCGUAGGAUAUUCACUUGGUGCGAAAGUUAUCUGCGUGUGCCUUCAACAGCUCGCCGAGCGAAGAGCCUUUGGGCUUGUUGAAAAUGCAAUAAUACUAGGCGCACCGGUUCCGAGUAACUCUGCUGACUGGCGCCGGUUUCGCUCUGUGGUCACUGGCAGAAUUGUUAACGCCUACAGCACGAAAGAUUACAUCCUCGCUUUCUUGUCCAGAACUAGUAGCAUCCAGUUCGGCGUAGCCGGACUGAGCCCAGUACUCGACGUAAAAGGAGUCGAGAAUGUCGAAGUUGGAGAUCUAGUCAAUGGCCACACAUUAUAUCGUCAUGCGACCGCUCCUAUCCUAAAGCGAAUUGGUUUCGAGGAUCUCGAUUUUCAGGAACUGGGGCAUGAAGAACAGAAGCUCGCAGAGCAAGAGAAGGACGAAGAAAACCAGCGUAAAGCCGCUGAAACCGACAGCAAUCUAUCAGUCGCUAGUGGUGAGGAGGGCAUGAGUGACGAGGUCAAAAAAAUGGAACGGGAAAUAGAGCAAAAAAAUAAUACAAAAUAGCCCGACCAAACAAGAGUGGUUAGAACCAUUGGUAUUACAGAAAAUACAAACAUUUGAGGAACAUUCGAGGAUAUGAAAUUGUUGAGUUUAUAUAUUUGCAAUGCUCAUGGCAAUGAAGAGAUGCAAACACGAAAAAAGGAGGCAAUCAGAGAAAUGGAAUGCCCGUUUCCAACACAGAUAAUCGCCAUUAUUUUAAGUACAUACCUAGUGCUUCCAGUCGCCCCCUAUAUUCUGAGUAGAAGCAAUUACAUCAAAGACUUAA